GGGGAAAAGCAUUCAACCCCCGUCCACUUUACCCUAUUAUUGCAUUUUCUUUCAUGUAUUCUUUUCUUUUUAAUGGUUUAGUUUACAACUAAGCCCGAAUUUAUAUAAAUAUUCUUAAUCGCCGGUAAAGGCGUAUGGUUUAAUUCGGUGAUAACGUGUAAAUGAUUUUCUCUUCUGUACGUGUGUGUUUCCUAGUAUACUACUGUACCGACUCACUUACCUAUUUACUUACUAACUUGCAUGAACGCGUAACAUUUUUUUGAUCUGGAAUGAUUUAAAAACAAUGAGGGAAUGCUACCAGCUCCACAAGUCGCAGUGAGACCAUCUUCAAGGUCUGGCAGUAAACAAGAAAAUCACGAAGAAUUUUUGAAUUCUGGCGACCCUGUCGAUAAUUCUGAUACCAAGCAGGAUAAAAACCGAGACGGUUCGAAUAGCAUGGGAGACGACCUAAAUGUUCAAAAUGAAUCGCAUAUGAAUCACUUGGAUAAAUCUGAAAGUGACGACGAUGACGACGAUCAAGACGAUAGUCCAAAUCGAAGAGCAGGACGUGGACCGGCUACUGUUCUAUUGAGUAGUCCAUCUCCGGGAACCAGCUUUUGGGCUUCGGCGAGUCGUCCCACCAGUCCCGGUAUACCCGAUAACGCCAGCGAAGCGUCUUCUGUGAUGCCGAUAUCUCAGCAAAAUGCAGCAGCCGCCAAAAAAAGAGAAAAAUAUAACCACCUUUCGUAUUGGAAAGCCAGAAAGGUGACAUUCUUCAAAAAUGGCGACCCUUAUUUCCCCGGAGUUGUGUUUAGAUUCAGACCAGGCAGAGAUGUAGUUAGCUUAGAAUCGUUAUUAGAUAAACUUUCGUCCAAAAUGGAUCUACCUCGUGGAGCCAGGUUCAUCUUCAAUAUGGACGGUGCUCAAAUUAUGAAUUUAGAAGAUUUAGAAGAUGGAGGAUGGUACGUGGUUUCAUCGUUCAAGAGUUUCAAGAAUACCAGUUACGGUAAAAAGGCUAGUGGAUCUUGGUACGCUUCUGGACCCAGUGUAGUUACUGCCAGUUCUCAGGUUUGGAAUAAACCUAGCCUGAGUCGAAAACAAUCGAUGGGUGAUCCUUUGGAAGCUGCGAAUGCGACCGCAACUCCUAUUGUUGCAAAUGCCGGCAAAUCCAGCGCCGGCAGGGUGAUUAGAAUUAUAAACAAUGCUGAUCAUACUGUACAGUGUCGUGUGUUAUUAAAUUUAAGAACAAGUCAGCCAUUUGAAGAGGUAGUAGAAGAUCUUGGUCAAGUGCUCAAAAUAAACGGUGCCAAACGAAUGUACACUGUAUCCGGACAAGAGGUACGCAGUUUUUCGCAGCUGAGAAACGAAUUCUCAGACGUGGAUACAUUUUACCUGGGAACUGGUACGUUGAACUCGCCUUUUAAAAGGUCACGAUCGAGGGGAGCCGUUGUAGUCGAUCCGACUGGAGCGGUUCGAGCUGAACGACAGGUACGAGCCAGAAGUAAAAGUCGAUCCAGGAUAUUGUACGCUCCGGAAAAUGAAAUAAUUAAAGCGACUCCUACCGAUUACACAUUGUUAGAAGUUUUAAAAGAAGAACCAGUUCGGGUGACGAUUAAAGGAAUGAGACGUACUUUUUAUCCGCCGGUUCAUCAUCCAGUCCAAGAUAAUAACCCGCCGGAAAAACGAGUGAUUUUGAAUUGGGUUCACGGUUAUAGAGGGACAGAUUCUCGAAGGAAUUUAUGGGUGUUGCCUACCGGAGAGCUUAUGUAUUACGUGGCUGCCGUAGCAGUGCUUUAUGAUCGGGAUGAAGACGCUCAAAGACAUUAUAUUGGGCAUACCGAAGAUAUUCAGUGCAUGGACCUGCAUCCAUCUCGAGAUAUGGUCGCAUCUGGUCAAAGAGCUGGUCGUACAAGGAAGACUCAAGCUCAUAUUAGAAUAUGGAGUACGGAAAGCUUACUAACGUUGUAUGUCUUCGGAAUGGGCGAAUUUGAAGUUGGAGUGUCUGCGGUCGCCUUUUCACAAUUGAACGGAGGAAGUUACGUAUUAGCUGUUGACGAUGGCAGAGAACGUAUAUUGUCUGUUUGGCAAUGGCAGUGGGGUCAUUUACUUGGCAAAGUGGCGACUCUGCAACAAGACGAGAUGACCGGCGCUGCUUUCCAUCCGUUGGAUGAUAAUUUAAUGAUAACCCAUGGCAAAGGUCAUCUGACCUUUUGGACACGGCGAAAAGACGGAUUUUUCGAAAGAACCGAUAUAAUUAAGCCGCCUUCUCGAACGAUCGUGACGAGUUUGCAGUUUGAACAAGACGGUGACGUGGUAACCGCCGAUAGUGACGGAUUUAUAACCAUUUAUUCGGUGGACAGUAACGGAGCGUAUUUCGUUCGUAUGGAAUUCGAAGCUCAUAAUAAAGGCAUCAGUUCUUUGGUUAUGUUAUCGGAAGGUACUCUUUUAUCGGGAGGUGAAAAAGAUCGAAAGAUUAUCGCGUGGGAUUCGUUACAGAAUUAUAAAAAAAUCACCGAGACCAAGUUGAACGAGAAUGUCGGAGGUGUUCGAACCAUCUAUCCUCAAAGACCUGGUCGAAACGAUGGUAAUAUUUACGUCGGUACUAUAAAGAACAACAUAUUAGAGGGUUCGCUGCAACGAAGAUUCAAUCAAAUUAUAUUCGGACACACGAAGCAAUUAUGGGGCUUAGCAGUACAUCCGGAUGAUGAAAUAUUCGCCACGGCAGGACACGAUAAAACAGUCGCCUUGUGGAGAAGGCAUAAACUCUUGUGGAGCAGUCAGCUUUUGUACGAAUGUGUCUCACUCGGUUUCCAUCCUUUCGGCGUCGCAUUGGCUGUCGGAUCGACCGAAGGAUAUUUGGUCAUUUUGAACGCAGAAAAUGGAGCAAUUGUAACCACGGUUCGAGUUUGCGGAUCACCUUUAAAUUGCGUUGGAUAUAAUCCAGCUGGAGACAUGGUAGCGAUUGGUUCACAAAACGGAAGCAUAUAUUUGUUCAGAGUUAGCCGAGACGGAUUUACGUGUAAAAAAUUGAGUAAAAUUAGAGGAACGCAGCCACUAAUGCAACUAGAUUGGAGCUGCGAUAAUAACUUUAUCCAAACAGUAACAGCUGAUUACGAUUUAGCAUAUUGGGAUGUUAAAGGAGCUAUACAAGAGAAGAGUCAUAUCGCUAUGAAGGAUAUCAAAUGGAGUACCCUCAAUUGCUCGGUGGGAUAUCUAAUCGCCGGUGUUUGGAAUAAUCGAUACUAUCCUAUGACAUCGUUGGUUACCACGGUUAACAGAUCAGCUGCCCACGACCUUGUCGUAUCUGGAGAUUCGGAUGGUCAUUUGAGAUUAUUCAGGUACCCUUGUAUUAAUCCUAAGGCUGAAUAUAACGAAGAGAAAGUCUACGGCGGUAUAAUAACUUGCGCUCGAUUCUUGUACAAUGAUCGAAACGUAGUUACCGUCGGAGGAACAGAUGCCUCGUUAAUGUUAUGGGAUGUGGUAGACGAAUAAUAUUUGUAGAUUUCGAACACUUCAGAGAUUACUUUACAUUAUGGUACUACAGGUUUUACCCUCAUCUGAAUUACGAGUAGGUAAAUCUGUUCUCCUAUUCCUCAGGAUCGAAGCAUUUUUCUAAAUAAAGGUUUUAGUAUCUCUUUAUAUCGUACAACUAAAUACAACGACAACGACGAACGAGACUAAUGAGUUACAUUAAUUUGAUUAAAACAUUGGUAAUACUCGUGUAAUGUUUAUAGAAGGACGAAUUAAUGUAAUUGUUCGAGAUCUACGGUCUACGGUUUACCAACUUGUAGUUGCUUUCGAAUGUUAUAUUUUCUUCUUUAUAAAUUCUACAGCACCAUUUCUAAGCAUGAAAAACUAAAGGACUAACUCGAAAAACUAGCCAUUUUAUAUUCUUGUAUAACUUUUAAUUUAACAUUAAAGUAAAAGUAUUCAGCUACUACGAUGAAUAACUGAUAGAAAUGUUAACAACAUCGAUGAGAUACGUAUUCCGGAUGAAUUAUCCGGCCAAGAAAUACAUCAGUACCUAUCUUUGAGAAUACGUAUACGAUUUGACCAGCGAGGCAGCGAAGGAAAAUUUCAUCUCGACACCUCACAUUCUUAAAUAAUUGUUCUCACCUGUGGAUUCAGUUUCGAAUUUUGAUUACCUACCUUCGAUUAAAGUAACACCAUUCUAAACCUAUUCAGUUCAAACUGAACAUUUCAACUUGCCAAGUUAUUUCAAAGUCUUCGCAUAUUAUUUUGUCUUCAUUUUUCGAACUAUACCUACCUAUAUUGGAAUGGGCAUUUUCAAUUACACCAAUUUCUUAAAUGAAGCGAUAUUCUCUUCUUAUUCACGUCUUUUACAGUAAUUUUACCUCUUUCUGUUUAUUUGAAUUCACACUAUGGAGUAUAGAAAAUAGAAAUGUUAGAGUUCUUCUUGCACCUUGUCAAUGAAUUGCAUUAUUUUUAAAAUGUAAAUUUUUUAAUGCAAUUUCAAAUUCGCACCUCUCUUUACAUUGUUUUUAUCAUUAUUAAAAUUUCAUUUUAUUGUUAUGUAAAUAAAGUUUUUCUGAAAAGGA